CCUUGAUUUUUGAAUUGGUUGAUGCAUUAUUUUAUUUAAAGAAACAGAUGUUUAAAAUUUAAAGAAAAAUUGUUUCAGUUUUGAAAUAAUUUACUGUUGAUGUGUUGUGAUUGUUAAAUUUUUUGUCUUAAUUGGAAUCAAAGUGAAUCUUACCAAUUUAAAAACAUAAACUAAAAACUAAUUUGCCGACAGUUUUUAAAUUUAUAUACAUUAAAAAAAAAAAAAUAUGGGUACUCAAUAUAUUGAAUCCGAAAAACUAUGGCGUUCCGAAAAGUUGAAUAUAAAUUUCAAAAACCUCGGUCAGACUAUUUUGGAAAAACUUGCAGAGUGUUGUGAAAAGAAUCCCAAUCGAGUGCUGGAAGUUUAUCAUGAAAAUGGAAUACAAUUAACUGUUAAAGAUAUUUAUCUUCAAACUAUAAUUGUAGCUCAAAAUCUGUUGAAACUUGGUGUGAAGACGGGUGAUAGAGUUAUAUUUUUCUCAAGAACAAAUGAGAAAGUAACACCCAUUGUAUUCGCUUGUUAUGCUAUUGGAGCCGCUAUUAAUUUUUUUGAUAUACAUUUUGAAGAUGAUGCAACCAUUUACACCAUAGAACAAAUUGAUCCUGUCAUGAUUCUAUACGAAGAAGAUUUCAAGGCUAAAAUUUCAAAAACAAUAGAAUGUGGACGUCUUUCGCAACUGAAACAUGCCUUAAGUUUGAAUUCGACAAACUCAUCAGUAGACGAAGUUCUCUUUAAAUCCAUCGGCGUGAAUGCAGAACACUUUCAACCACCUGAUUUAGGUGAUCCAUUUAAAUUACCAGCAAUUUUAGCUUUUACAUCAGGCACAACAGGAAUGCCAAAAUUAUCCAUACACUCUCAGGCCAUGGUACUUCAAGGCCUCUACAAUGGUUGGUGGCACCUUUGGCCAGGUAGUGUUGUCUGCAUUUUUUCCGAUCUUCGUUGGAUAUGUCAAAUUGAAAUUAUGUUGCAACCUGUAUUCUACGACGUCAAACGUGUAUUUUGCUACAAACAAGAAAAAGCCAUUAGUUCUAAGUUGCAGUUCGAUAUUAUUCACAUCCAUGGCAUAACCCAUUGUUAUGCCAUGCCCAUGAUUUUAUUAGAUAUGUUGAAUUAUUUAGAGCAAUUGGAAGAUACUUCGUGUUUCGAAUGUAUGAAAUCAUUGCUCUUAGUUGGCGAAGUUGUGUCUGAUGCAAUGGUUAUGAAAUCGAAUAAGAUCCUGCCACAUUGCAAGAUCAUCCAGUGCUAUGGUAUGACAGAGCUUCCGGGAAUGGUUGCAAGCAAUGAGUUUGUAAGCCCACCAAACUCGAAUCGGAUGAUGUUAAAAAAUGGUUUUUCGGUGAAAAUCAUAGAUGAGGAUGGGAAAUCAUUGGGACCUAAUGAAAAAGGACGACUUUUGUUUAAGGCUGAUGAUGCUCCAAUACUUGGUUAUUUCAAAAAUGAAAAUGCCAAUAAGUUGGCAUUCACUGAGGGAGGAUGGUUUGAUACGCAUGACUAUGCAAUUAUAGAUGAACAUAAUUUGCUCACUGUUAUAACACGAGAGAGAUUUUUAAUCAAAUCUUCAGGAAUAACGAUUAUUCCAAAAGAUAUUGAGGACAUAGUCAAUAGUCAUGAAACUGUUUAUACAUGUGCCCUGAUUGGCCACCCAAAUCCUGCUAAAUUAAAUGAUCAAAUGGGUACAGUAUUUGUAGUAUUCAAAAACAAUAUAAGUGUGGAAAAGUCUAAUAAAAUAGAGAGUGAGCUAAAGCAAAUACUUAAAAUUAAACUAACAAAAAAUCAAUUGGGAAUUGUUAAAUAUUUGAAAGUUCUUCCAAGUAUGCCUCUAACAAAAUGUUGUAAAACAAAUCGAAAAAUUUUAAUAGAAUUAGCUUCAAAAAUGUCCUCAAAAUAUAUACUAGGGUAGAGGAUUUAAUAUUUAUGUAGAUAUAAUUUAGUUGGCCUGUUUGCUGGUUAAGUAUUUGUGUAAAGGAUAAA